AUGUUGAUAGGUCCUGAAUAUAAUAUAACACAUCCAUCGAUUUAUCGAACAUCUACAGCAAAUCCAUUUAUAUUGGUAAGUAUGAUUUUAGGCUUGUUCAGGCUCAAAAUUCCGGAUUUUUUGAGUAUAAAUAUGCCUAGGCUUAAAAUUUUCAGCUCAAAAAAGAUUUUUUUCAGAUAAAAUUAGUAAGCGAAUCUGUGCCGCAUUGGGUUCGCCGAUAUGCCAAACUUCGACCCGAUUAUUCAUUUCCCUCUUCUAUGAUCUCUGAUUUUAAACGUAAGACUUAUAAGAAUUGGGAAUUUAGGGUAAUUAAUUAAUUAAUUAAUUAAUUAAGCAAAAAUUGAUCUAAAAAUUUCUACUGUUUCAAAAAUUUUUCAUAAUUUUAAUCAAGUUUAAAAGUGUUAAUAAAAAAAUUGAAUUAUCUGUACUAAUUAACAAAUUAAUUAAUCAAUAAUUUUUAAAAAAUCUGAAAUUAAUUUUGUUGCAGAAGUUCGAUUAUCAAAUAAUGAGUUGUAUACAGUUUUGGGUCUUGCCUUUAUUUUCACAAUUCUUCGGUAUUAUUUGCAAGUCAGAUUACAGGUUGGUGAGCUCUCUUUUCUACGAAAAUUGUGACAUUUGAAAUAAAUGACAGGGUGGCCAAGUGGUUAGCGCGUCUGGUCUUUCGGCCAACUAUCCAAAGUUCGGUUCCCCUCGCCUGCGAACUUUUUUUUUCAAAUUUUUUUCUUUCUCAUUUCUCCAACAAAAAAACCUCAUAAAAUUCCAGUCUUGGACAGCAACCCACAAUAUUUAUCCUCGAUUUGCUCACAAAGUUCCCGAAUCCUUCUGGAAGCUCACAUAUUAUGGAAUUGUUUGGAUGUUCACUUUGUAUUUUCAUACUUGUAUUGAGACACAUGAUGUUUUCAAUGAUCCAUUGUCGAUGUGGAUUGGUGAGUUGGAAUAUCGCUAAUUGCCACGUGGCAUUUGGGAAAAUUUUUUGAAUUUUUUUAAAAAAUUCUGGAUUUUUGACACCAAAUUUGAUGAAUUUUUUCAGAAUUUCGAAAAUUUGAAUGAAUUUUUCAAUUUCAAAGUCAAAUUUUUUACUGAAAUUCUAGAAAAUUCAGAAGUUUUCCCACAGUAACCUGGUAGUAGCUUUUGAAUUGGGUUUAGUGUCAAAUUUUACGCUGAAAAUCGCUGAAAUUGCUAAAAAUCAUCAGAAAUCGAGGUUUCAAUGAUUUUCAGCAAAAAAUUUCAGCCUAGAAAAAGAUUCUCCUACAGUAACCUGGUUGAUCCAAAAUUUUUGGAACUUUUGGCACAAUUUUCUACAGUAGCCUAAGGGUUUCCAGACUCAAAUUUUGCUCAAAAAAUUGUGAAAAACAAACAUUUUUUCUUCAACACAAUUUUUCACUGUUUCAAAAAUUUAUUACAAAAAAAUUGAAAAUUUAAAAUUUGUUAUGACCAUAAAAAAUUGACUGUUUCAAAAAAUUAGUAAAGAAAAAUAUUGAAUUCACAAAAAUAAUCUUCGUUCCUUCUGCGAUUGACGAACUAAAAUCCAUUUUUUUCCAGAAUGGGAAUCUGGAGAGCGCCCAAAAAUGCAGACAAUGCUGCAAAUCUUGUAUGCAGUUCAAUCUGCAUUUUAUCUUCACUCAAUUUAUGCAACACUUUUCAUGGAUUUGUGGAGAAAAGAUAGUUGGCUUAUGUUUGUUCAUCAUUUUGUUGCGUUGGGAUUGUUGUUUUUGUCCUAUGUUGAUAAGUGAGUUUUGGGCAUUUUUUUGAAAAUAUUUUGAAAAUUUGAGAUAAUAAAAAUCUCACUGUUUCAUAAUUUUUAUUUCGGAAAUUUAAUAUUUCAGGGUUUAAUGUUUCAUGUGUGGGUUGAAUUCGAAAAAUUAAAAAUUUACGGUUUCAAAACAUUCUCAAAAAAUUAUUGAAUUUAAUCUAGUUGUCAAAUUAUUCCAGAUUUGGUCUCCAAGUGAGUUCUGGGGAUGUUUCUAGACAAUAUUUACAAAAUUUUUUACUGUUUCAGGGAUUUUUGAAACUAGCAAAAAUGGUAAUUUUUCUGAUAUCAUAAAGUUUUCGAAAUUAUUGGAUAAUAAAAAUCUCACUGUUUCACAGUUUUUACUACUGAAAUUGAAUCUUUCAGGAUUGAUUGGCUGUUUUGGUUGUCUUGUAGCGAUAUAAAAUUGAAAACCUAAAAAAUUUACUGUUUCAAAAUUCUCAUUAAAUUUUUUUCAAGAUAUCAGAAUUGCUUAAAGUUCGAUUAAAUCCAAAAAUUUAAUUUAAAAAAUUUUCAAAAAUUUACAGUUUAAAAAUUUUCUCAAAAAUUUUUAUUGCGAUAUCAACAUUGAUAUGCGUUCAAAAAAUCUACUGUUUCAAAAUAUUUUUUAAAAUUUUCUCUAAAAUUUUUAUUACGAUAUUCUCAGAAUUUGAAUUUCUUUCAAAAACUAUUCAUAAUUUUCAGACAAUUUCAAAAAUCUACUGUUUCAAAAUUAAAACAAAUUUUUGAAAAAUUUUUAAAACUAGUUUAACGUGUUUCUUAUUCAUGCAAUAAAUUAGAGUUUCAAAUCUAAAAAAAAAUCAAUAUUUUUUCCAGUUUUACUCAAGCUGGUGCACUUGUCCUAUUUCUUCAUGACAAUUCCGAUGCGACACUUGAAAUCACAAAACUUUCAUUCUACCUCAAAAAACGAACAAAUGGAAGAUAUUAUAAAUAUUAUUUUCUCGUCGGAAAUGCUGCUUUCAUUCUUUUCGCCAUUAUUUGGUAACUUUUUGAUUUUUCUAAAUAGCAAAAAAUUUAAAAAUCAAUAAAUUCCAGGGUAAUAUUCCGAUUGUAUUGGUAUACAUGUAAAUUGUUAUAUGCAACAAUAUAUGGAGCUGUUUAUUUGGGUCCGCAAAACGCGCCAUUUUUCCCGCUUUUGGGAAUUAUGCUUGUUAUCAUUUUUGGAAUGAAUGUUUAUUGGUUUAAUGUGAGUUUUUUUUUCAAUUUUAAUUUUUUUUCUACAAAAAUUUGACUGCUUCAAAAAUUUUUCAAAUUAAAAAUAUUUGACUGUUUCAGAAAAACCAUAAUUUUCAAAAAAAAAAUUCCCGGAAAUUUUACGUUUCAAAAAUACGUCAUAAUUUUUUGGUUUUUUUCAAAAAAAGGUUAAAAGUUUUCCAGAUUUUUCUAUCAUCUAUGGAACUUAUCAAUUCCAAAUCUUCAUUUCAAAAAUCCCAAACUUCAGAUUUCAGAAUUAAAUUUUAGUUUUUUUUCUACAAAAAAUUUGACUGCUUCAAAAAUUUUUCAAAUUAAAAAUAUUUGACUGUUUAAAAUAAAAAUUCCCGGAAAUUUUACGUUUCAAAAAUAUUUCAUAAUUUUUCGGUUUUUAAAAAUUUUCAUUACAUUUUUCUAAUCUUUUUUUUUAAAUUCCCAAAAUUCAAUAGUUUUCUAGUUCAUCGCUCGAAUGAUAUGGCGUGUCGCGUUAACCGGCGAAGAUCCAGAAGACAAUCGAGAAUGGGACACAACAGCUGUCAGCGGUUUGGACAAUCAAAAACUCGACGAACUUGCCACCGAAAAUUGUCACCUUAAACCCAAAGAUGUUUAA